GAAUGGAAGCGUAGAGCACCAAACGAUAAACACACCCAAAACUAAAAGGCGACCUCAAACGGUCAUUCACCGAAUUGUCGUUACGCAUGCGCAUUAACAAACGAGAGGAGGAAAUGAGAAAGAUGGAAUUUAAAUGAAUAGAAAAAGUAAAGAGAAGAUGUCAACGACAGGCGGCGGAGAAAUACGUUUUAGCGGACAUACCAUCGAUAAAGCCACAAAAGCUAAAGUUCAUCUGGAAAACUUCUAUUCCAAUCUUAUUAAUCAACAUGUUGAAAGAAAGACCAGACAUGAUAAACUAGAAGAAUUUAUGAAAGAAGAAGGACUUUCAGAAAAACAAAAACAAGAAAAAAGGCAACAGCAUGCUGUUAAAGAGACAGAAUUCCUGAGAUUAAAAAGAUCAAGAUUAGGAGUGGACGAUUUUGAACCAUUAAAAGUGAUAGGACGAGGUGCUUUUGGAGAGGUUCGUCUUGUGCAGAAAAAAGAUACAGGCCAUGUUUAUGCAAUGAAAAUUUUACAUAAAGCAGAUAUGCUAGAGAAAGAGCAGGUGGCCCAUGUUAGAGCAGAGAGAGAUAUUUUAGUUGAAGCUGAUCAUCAGUGGGUUGUAAAAAUGUACUAUAGUUUUCAAGAUAUGAUGAAUUUAUAUCUUGUAAUGGAAUUUCUUCCUGGAGGUGAUAUGAUGACACUUUUAAUGAAGAAAGAUACUUUAACAGAAGAAAGCACUCAGUUCUAUAUUGCUGAAACUGCUUUAGCUAUAGAAUCAAUUCACAAAUUGGGAUUUAUUCAUAGAGAUAUUAAACCUGAUAAUUUAUUACUGGAUGCAAGAGGUCAUAUCAAAUUGUCUGAUUUUGGUCUCUGUACAGGAUUAAAGAAAUCGCAUAGAACUGAAUUUUACAGAAAUUUAUCAAGCGCAAAACCCAGUGAUUUCACUUGUAAUCCAAUGGAUUCAAAGAGACGAGCUGAAAGCUGGAAAAGAAACAGAAGGCAGCUAGCAUAUUCAACUGUAGGCACACCAGAUUAUAUUGCACCUGAAGUAUUUAUGCAAACAGGUUAUAACAGUUCAUGUGAUUGGUGGUCUCUGGGAGUUAUUAUGUAUGAGAUGCUAAUAGGUUAUCCACCAUUUUGUUCAGAAACACCCCAAGAGACAUACAGAAAAGUGAUGAACUGGAGACAGACUUUAAUCUUCCCUCCUGAAGUUCCAGUGUCCUCUGAAUCUCGUGAUCUGAUCCAGCAUUUUUGCUGUGAAGCUAAUUUGAGGAUAGGGGCAAACAGUGGCAUCAAUGAAAUCAGACAACAUCCUUUCUUCAGAGGUGUUGAUUGGGAACAUAUCAGAGAACGUCCUGCAGCUAUUCCCACUGAAGUGAAAAGUAUAGAUGACACUUCUAACUUUGACGAAUUUCCGGACGUAGAACUUAAAAUCUCUGCUGUACCACCCAAAGACAGUGAAGCCAACUGCAAGGACUGGGUAUUCGUAAACUACACUUUUAGAAGAUUCGAAGGACUAACGCAGUGUGGACCAAAGUCUAGUAAAAGAUGUUAGUUUAUAUAAUAUAGUAUUUUGCAAUUUAAGUUUAUGCAGAUAAUAAGAAAGUAAGAUUACUUACUCACUUUUAAGGUGUAUAAAAUGAACAAUAUAUAAUGUUUUAUUUGCUAGUCAUAGAUAUAUAUGUAUAUCUCUACUUGCUGUGAUUAUUCCACUUGUCACGAUUUUUCAUAUUCUCCUGUUAAAAUUUGUAAAAAUACAUAUAAUGAACUGAAAAUAGAUUUUGCUAACUGUCUUGACAAUUAAUGUAUUUAAAUAUUUAUACGCACCCGCAGUUAUCUCGGGCCCAGAACCUGAAAAAGUUUUCUUAUUAUUUUGUGUUCUCAAACAGUUUUAUACAUAUUUUGUAUAUAAUGUACAAAUAAAUAAUUUUAAAAUGCUUGUUUAUGUG